UUUACCAGCGCUACAACAGUGACAUUACGGACAUUACAGCGGUGCAGCGCAAGUAGCGCCAAAGUGAACUCGAAGCAAACGUCACGAUGAUUCCUUCUUUUACGUGCCCGACAUUUUCAUCAAGAGCAUUUGGUUAAAAUGACUUCGUCUGCCGAUUUAAACUGGUUGAUCAUUCGCAACAGCAAUGCUCAUUUGUUGAAGAAAACAAACAUCAAGAAGCCAUUCAGCACAGAGCGAAACAACCUAACCAAUGUAAGCUCAUUCCGUUACAGUGGCUUGGUCCAUCGUAAAACAUUGGCUGUUGUACCAGCUGAUAAGUCUGGAUUCACAGUGAUCUACAAGAAGAAAAGCCUUGCGAAUAAGCCAGCCAAGAACUCAGUAAAAGUGACAUUCAAGCAUGGCGCUCGCCGAUCAUUGAAGAAGUUGAAGAACCUUCUCAGAUUCAAGAACUACCGUGCUGAUCUUAGACAGGCUGCCCUUCGACGUGCAAGUGCUGUUAUCCGAUCACAAAAAGUCCCGAAAACAGCAAAGAAAGCUAAAGCUGCUCCAGUUGCACCAGCUACAAGCAAGAAAGUCGAUUAAAGUGGAUGCUUUUAUUGAAUAAAAUGAAUGGAAAACACUAA